GUUUGAAACUGUAACCGCGCGCGCCCAAAGUGCCUUUGUAGUAGCCAAUGAAUAAUUGCCAACUUCUUUCAAAGUUCCCGCCACUCGCGACCCUAUAAGAUGUCCCAGCUUCCUCUGUUCGGGGCUCUCGACCUCUGCCGUUGCAUCGGUGCGUGUCGAGGGCCCGGUCUCGAGCCCGUAUUAAACUCCUUUGUGCCCUUGCAUCGGUUGUCUGUGUCCUUGGGGGCUGCACUGGUCGACGUGGGCACAACAUUUUGGGGGCUCGUCCGGGAUCGACGAGUGCAGACCCCAACUGCCGAGCAACCGAAAGGAGUUCUAAAGCGCGCAGGUGAGUUCCAACACUCGCCCAGGCACAACCCGUACUGCCGGCUAAACUGCUUGGGUCCCACCCCAACACCCCGUCGGCACCUGCGGUUAUCCAAGAUUCUACCCCGGAGGAACUUCUAUUUCCACCACCCUAUCAUAACCCUUGUAGUAACCCUCCCCAACUCCUGCGGUCGGCUGACCACCCUCUCCCAGAGGCGGGCGGGGCUCGUGGGCAGGGUCCGGCGGCAGGCACCCGCUCAGUGAAGGCGAAUUCCCCGGAUUCCACCGUCCUGCCCCUGCGUGUGGCAGGAUUGCCUAAUGAGCAGGGCAACCAGCCCAUGCACUACUGGCCGUUUGCGACCAGUGACCUCUACAACUGGAGAGCACAAAAUGCACGUUUCUCUGACAACCCUAAAGACCUUGUUAAUCUCCUAGACACUGUUCUAUUUACUCAUCAGCCCACCUGGGAUGAUUGCCAACAGCUCUUGCAGGUCCUCUUCACCACUGAGGAGCGAGAUCGUAUACUGACGGCCGCCAGGAAAUUAGUCCCUGGAGAAGAUGGCACACCCACCACAAACGCGGCCCGCAUAGAUUUAGUGUUUCCCUUGACCCGACCUGACUGGGAUUUUAACCAGGCUGAAGGUAAGGAGAGACUCCGGGUGUACCGCCAGACUCUAAUGGCAGGGUUGCGUGCAGCAGCCCGCAAGCCCACCAAUUUGGCCAAGGUAGGGGAUGUGCAGCAGGGAAGGGAGGAGACCCCCGCGGCUUUUCUAGAACGCCUCAUGGAAGCUUUUCGGCAAUAUACUCCUAUGGAUCCGGAGGCAACGGAGAACAGGGCCGCGGUGGUAAUGGCCUUUGUUAACCAGGCGGCUCCUGACAUUAAACAAAAACUACAAAGAAUAGAUAGGCUGGGAGAAAAAUCUAUUCGAGAUCUUAUGGAGGUGGCAGAAAAGGUGUACAAUCGCCGUGAAACUCCUGAGCAAAGAGAAGACCGCAUCCGCCAGGAAGAACGGAAGGUAAGGGCGGCUGAAAACGCACGCCACACUCGGGAUAUGGCCAGAAUCCUGUUCGCCGUCACUCAAAAGGACAACCCGGGUAAGCUACACCCCUCCCGCCGCCCCAGCUCCACAGGGACAGGCAGGACCCUACAGCGUGAUCAAUGUGCAUACUGCACUCAAAAAGGACACUGGGCCAAACAUUGCCCAAAGAAACGGGGAAUAACCUCAAACAACCCCGCCGUUUCUGACACUCCUGUCCUGGUGCUCGGGGGCACAAGAGAUGACAGUGACUAGGACCGUCAGGGCUCGACCCUCCCCGAGCCCCGGCUAACC